AUGGGCCGAGAGGAGGGCCCGAACCAAGAAACCACACCAACUGUCCCCUCAGGACAGGAAAUAGACCGAAAGGAAUGCCUUAGCCGAAUGAAACACAACACCCCUUCGGCCCCACGCUUGGACGAACACCCCUUCGGCCCCAAGCUUGGCCGAGCACUCCUCGGUCUUGUGAGUAGCCAAAAACCCCGAGAAGAGCACCACGCAAUAAAUGAGUUGGUUGAACACCUUUUUAGAAGUCCACACUCAACCUUCUCAGACUCAAAAAAAAUAAACUAUGCGAGCUUCUCUAAUCCGAACCGGCUCCGUGCUGGUCCAGAGCCCGGUCCACACCGGUUCACCUCGAGCCCUUCUCACGCGCCAAGCCUCCUUCGCCGGCGACAACAACCACGCUCAUUCGAUUCCUGCAAAGCCUCGUCGGACCGCGCCGCCGAGAGUUCCGCCGUUCGCCGGGAUCUCAACCGAACCGGAUCGCGAUCGCGCUCCUUCCCGCCGAUCGUACCUGAAGAGGAGGAUCUCCUCUCCGACGCCGCUCCGCGCAAGGCGAGGCACGUCGUUCAAGGAUUCGGAGGCGACGGCGGAGGCGAUCGCGGCGGAGCGACUGUCACCGGCGGGAACGGCGGCGAGCGGAUCAGAAUCGGCGCGUACUACGAGGAAAUGUUGAAGUCAAACCCGAGGGAUGCGCUUCUGCUGAGAAACUACGGCAAGUUUCUUCACGAGGUGGAGAAAGACGCGGCGAGAGCAGAGGAAUAUUACGGAAGAGCGAUUCUGGCGGACCCUGGCGACGGCGAAUUGCUUUCGCUGUACGGAACGUUGAUUUGGGAAACGCAGAGAGACGAAAAGAGAGCCAAAUCUUACUUCGAUCAAGCAAUUCACGCCGCUCCUCAUGAUUGCACGGUGCUGGGAUCGUACGCGCACUUCAUGUGGGAAGCAGGGGAGGAUGAUGAAGAGAAAGUUAACGGAGGAGUGACGGCGACGGCGACGGAGAUGAUCGCGUGUAGUUAGGGGGUUCGAGAAUGGCACCUUAGUGUUAUAUAUAUAUAUCUAACUAUAACAACACGAUAGAUAGCAAUAAUAAAUGGUCUUGUUUGUGUUGGUGUGUCUAACCCUCAGCUACAUACAACAAAGGCCAUACACUAGAAACAACUACCUCUACUACCAUGUAAUGUAACUUGUUUCUACUUCUACAUCUAAAUGUAAUGUUUUGCGCUAUUUCGUUCACAUUUAUCAUACAUAAGUGGACGGAGUUGUAAAGUUUUGUUAAUGCAGUGCAGCUUUUCAUUGUCUUCAGUA